AUGACUGUCAUCAUUUUCAACGACAACAUCAUCUCCAUCGAGGCGGAUGAUGCCGUGGCGUCCAUCGACCUUGGCGACGGAAUCAAACGCUUAAACAACACAACCACCACGAGGAAAGUGAGCCUGCAAUCCAUCGAGGCCAAGGUUUACUACACCAAUUCGGACCAGUCCAGGAAAUUCGGCGCCGACAUCACACAGAGCUUUAUUCCUGGCACAACCGUCACCAUCACCGGUGGCGGAACUACUGAUAUCUACCUCAUUGCCACGGGCCCUGACGGCAAUCAACAGGCAAAGUGGAAGUUCGAGAAGUAG